AUGAGUGUUGCAGCUGCAGGAGGCCAUCUCGGAGUUGUGAAGUGGCUACACUACAAUAGACAGGAAGGAUGUACGGCAGCUUUUGCUGCAAAAAAUGGACAACUGGAGGUGGUGAAAUGGCUUAGUGCCAAUCGAUUUGAAGGCUGCACUGUGGCUGCCAUGGAUGAUGCUGCUGCAUAUGGACAUCUCGACGUCGUGAAAUGGCUUCACGUCAACAGAGACGAAGGGUGUACAGUAGCCGCAAUGGACAAUGCCGCCAAGAACGGCCACUUGAACGUGCUCAGUGGCUACAUGCCAAUCGAAGUGAAGGCUGCACCACCAAUGGAUGAAGCAGCUAUGAAUCAAUUCUGGGAUGUGGUAGAAUGGCUUGCUUGGAAUAGGAGGAAGGUGGUACUGCCGCGACCAUGA